AUGGCAUGAUUGUCAAUAUGCACAUCUUAGAUAAUGUAGGCAACGAGUACGGAAAGCCAAAAGACGUUGUAGGCGAACAACGCACCGUCUUUACCUCCCACGCCGACGCCGCCUUCGACGUGUGCUUCGAGAACAUCAUGACACACUCUCUUAACCAGUUCAAACCAGCGCGCAUGAACAACCCGAGCCGACACGUAGAACUCGACAUCGAUAUCGGUGCCGACGCGAAAGACUGGUCCGCCAUCCAGGCCACCGAGAAGCUAAAGCCCGUCGAGACGGAACUGCGCCGCAUCGAGGAGUCCAUUGCGGAUAUUGUCCGAGAGAUGGAUUACCUGAGGGCGAGAGAGCAGAAGCUGCGCGACACCAACGAGAGCACGAAUACCCGAGUUAAGUGGUUUGGUAUAGGUACCACGAUGCUGCUUGUUGCGCUGUGGGGCUGGCAGAUCAUGUACCUGCGCGCUUACUUCCGAUCGAAGCACUUGAUUUAAGAGUAUACAAUACCUACCUAAGCACCUAAAUCAUAUUUCUCGCAAGAUCGAGGAUUGCGUUGGUCUAGGUAUAUCAAGGGACAAGCAAGCAAUUAGUCACCUAAUAUCCGUCUUGGACAGGACUUAUGACUUAUCGCAGUUAAGGAGUUAAGACUUUUGCAGAGCUUCAAGGCAGAAGGGGGUAAAGGCGUGAUACGAGUAUUUUUGGAGGGCAAAAAUGGUUACGGUGGCAUGGAACACGAUUCUUUCAUGCUUUUGUACGCAUAAUCUGUAUAGGCGUCGCCUGACGCUGCGGAGUCUGGAGACGAAUAUAAAAAUGAACGACUCAAUAUUUGAAUUGUUAUGCUCG